AUGAACGAGAUAACCAAAUACCAUUGGAUGUCUUACUCAAUCAUACAAAAUGUUGUAUAUUGUCAUCCUUGCUGGCUUUUUGGGGAUAAUGCUACUAAGCAAUCAAUUUGGGUCUCUGGUUAUUCGGAUUGGAAACAUUUAACCCAGUCAGCCAUAAUUCAUUGUAACAGCAAACAACAUUUUAGAUCUGAUGUAGCACUAGUUCAGUAUUCUGAAAGUAAAUCUAUUGAAGCAAUGAUUUCAAAGCAGUAUUCAUUAGAAGUGAAAAAAUGGCGUGAAAUCCUUAAAUUAUUAUUUGAUGUAGUACUGACAAUUUCUGGAUUAGGCUUAGCUUUCCGAGGACAUAGAGAGAAUAUCAACGAUGCGCGUUGUGGAGUUUACUUAUCGAUUUUAAAACUAAUAGCAAAACAUAACCAGGUAUUUGAACAACAUUUACAAUCAAGCCUAAGAAUAAAAUAUACAACCGACUCCACAACCGAUAUUAGCCAUAUAGAUCAAAUGGCCAUUAUGAUAAGAUUUGUAGAAAUUAAUAAAGAACAAAGGACUGUAAAAAUAACUGAGCGAUUUUUAUGUUUUGUACCAGUGAAAAAGGGAGAUGCUAAUUCUUUAAAAGACCUAAUAGUCAAUGUUCUUUUCAAACAACGGUGGAACUUACUUUUAGAAAAAUCAAAAUCUGCCGAAAGUUUUAAAAGUUUAGUAAACGAAGAUCAAAAUUUAUAUGAACGUGAAUUAGAAGACACUAAUGAUAUUCCAUUACAUACUGAUAGUUUAUGUAAAACAAGGUGGUCUGCUAGAGUUAAAGCAACUGAAGCUUUACUUUCAAAUUUUCAAUCCGUUGUAGAAUGUUUAGAAGAAGAAUCUGAAAAUUCAGAAACUAAUUCUGAAAGUGUAUUCCGAGCUAGGGGUUUAAUAAAAUCAUUAAAUUGGGACCAUCAGAAUUUCCAAAGAUUUGAUGAAAAUACUAGAGGCAUAAGUUUAACAGAAGAAGAAAAGCAUAGACAAAUUUAUUUUGAAACAUUAGACAACAUGAUUGGCGAAUUAAAUGAGAGAAUGAAUGGAUUUUCCAAAUUUAAAUUGGGUGUGCCUUCUGUUGAGUUUUUAGUUGGUGGUUGCUCUAGAUUUGCAAGUUCUAGAGGAGACGUAUCGCUAAUAUCAGUAUAG